UGGACCCAAUAAAACAAUGUUCUGAAAUAAACUUCUCCACAUUUAUGUACGUAAGUCAGUGGGAGUGAGUCGUGUCUGGUGGAAAGACGCUUUGAGCGAGUUUAACUGCGAUUAUCUGCAACUGGUUAUGCGCAUAGCCGUGUACCCGAAGUGCGAAAAGUUCUUAACCUCAAUUUGCGAAUGGGCGAAGAGUUGUAUAAAAGUGAUAAAAGUGCUGUUACAAUCGUACGCGAAAACGCGAACUGCGUUUGCCAUGUACUUCAUACAGGCGUUAAUAUUGAGUGCUACAGGAGUUGUCGGAUUCGUUUCUUGCACUCCCGACGUGGAUGAUACCUUCAACGAGGAGCUUAUGCUGAAACCCCUGCCGAGCGGACACGUUUACGCACAUUUUCAAUUUACUACCCUGUGGCAGACUGACAUCGAGACUGAAACCUUCCAACAUUCUCGGCUGUUUCCUCGUGGGUUAGGAGAAAUAAUCGGACGCCACAAUGUCAGAGAACUUCACGUCAGUUUGACUGAAGGAUUAUGGCGUUAUGAAAAAUGGGGAUAUCCUCUUCAGGACACCGGUUCCGGCGCCGAGGUUUAUGCCUGGUUCAACGAUGACGUAGGGAUCGAUGAGAAUUGGAAAAGCUUAACUAAUGCGCUUGCGGGUUUGCUGUGCGCCUCGCUUAAUUUCGUAGAUGUGUCCAACAGCUUGUCACCUGAUUUUACCUUUCGACCCAGUGGCGCUGUUCCAGCUCCGCUAAACUCGAGCUGUCUUAGAUAUUCCUCGCUGCCAAGAGAAAUAGUUUGCACUGAAAAUUUAACACCGUUUAAAAAAUUACUGCCGUGUGACUCCAAGAAAGGAUUGGCAACUCUCUUGAAUUCGGCAUACAUCCAUAACACUAAUUACCACUCGAUAGCUGUUGAUGUACGACCCGUGUGUACCAAUGCGGCAUGCACCCAAACUACCAUCGAGCUCCGGCAAACAAUUUCAUUGGUCUACGACACCAUGACAACUGACUCGCAGGACUGGUCGGUGCGAAAGCUUUUUGGCAUUGGGCUCCGAAGCGCUUGUCCACUAGCUACCCUGAGUCGUGUAUAUGUGGAUAUAACCGAUAAUGAAACAUCUCAAACUUAUCGGCUAGUGCCUGAGCCGUCGGAGACUGUAAUCAGUUUACGAGGAGGACAAGAAAAUAGAAUAGCUGUGUACGAUAUUAGAUCUUUUUCCAAUGCUGGGAUGUUUAAUGUCGCUGCUGUCCACAGCAAAGCCAAAAUUUAUGGAGUCGAAAUUCCACCAGUGCUUUUUGCAAACAGAUAUGUAGUAGGCUAUGGUCAAGAAAGAGGUGGCCUGGUGACAAAACUCCAUAAUAAUUACUGGAAGCCAUUGGAUGUCGUACUCCUGGAGAACAUUCCAUGGUACAUACCGGUCUACACUCAUACGAUAAAGAUCACCUGCAAAGGGGAAUUACUCAAGCCUCUAAUCAAGCGAUAUGUGCCUGGCAGAGAAAGGGAACGUCCUUAUUACCUCGAGAUGGUUCUGCGUCUCCCCGCGCGUUCCGUAACCGAGUUUUCUAUAGAAUUGGACUAUCUCUUUCUCAAGUGGCAGGAAUACCCUCCAGACGCUAAUCAUGGGUUCUACAUGGGUCCUGCGAUAAUAACCUCUCUUUUGCCAACUGCGAGAAAUUACACUGCUCUGCCUCAAGACGGAAGUACUAUUUCAUCCAGUUUCAAUGCUUCUCGAGACGGUUACUUGGUCCAAUUGCGAACUGAGAUUCUACUUGUUAGUCUGCCAACGCCCGACUUUAGUAUGCCUUACAACGUUAUUUGUCUGGCUUGUACGGCAGUGGCACUGGCUUUCGGUCCUCUCCACAACAUAACAACAAAGAGGCUCGUUCUUAAGCCGUCGAAGAAGAAUAAACUAGUUUCUUACAUUAGAGAGAAGUUCUCUAAGCCAAAGGUAGAUAAGAUAGAGUAGAUAUGCGAAGUUCUCUGCAGUCAUAUUUGCUAUUCACUCCAAA